GAUUUACGUGACCUGCGCGAGUUCACUUCCUUUUUCUAACCAACCUGCAAAAUGGUGAACAUUCCGAAGUCACGGAAGACCUUUUGCAAGGGUAAAAAGUGCAAGAAGCAUACCCUUCACAAAGUUACUCAAUACAAGACUGGAAGGGCUUCCCUAUAUGCCCAAGGGAAGAGAAGAUACGACAGAAAACAGAGUGGAUACGGAGGUCAGACGAAGCCUAUUUUCCGAAAGAAGGCAAAGACCACCAAGAAGAUCACACUACGAAUGGAAUGUACAACAUGCAAGUACAGGAAACAGUUAUCACUAAAACGUUGCAAACACUUCGAGUUGGGAGGUGACAAGAAGAGGAAGGGCCAGAUGAUCAUGUUCUAGAGGAGCAGUUCAUGAAGCCAGCACUGUUUCUUGUAAAUAAAUUAUUGGGCACACCACCAAAAUGA